AUGCGGGGUAUUGCGAAAUGGCGAAGCAGGCAUCAUUUUCCGAGGUCGAAAACAUCCUUACCUUCCCUAACUCGGUGUAUGACAACGAGUGCAACAAGUAUUGUGCCUGAUGAGGUGAGUGUCUGCUACCAGCGUGGCUUGCCUGUGAUCACGGUGCCCCUGCCUUCUCGAAGGGAGCGAUGUCGCUUCAUCCUGCGACCCGUCACCUCGACCGUCGCCGACUUCCUAAGGGACCUCCAGAUGGAAGACAAAGGGAUCGACAGACUCAGCAUCCAGAGCACGGAUGGAACGAGGAUCGCUGCCUCCACCACCAUUGCCUCCCUCAUGCAAGAGGACUUCCACCUCAUCAUCAACGAUGUGGUCUACUUGGUGGAUGCCCCUGAACUAGAGGUGAUCCCAACGCAGGAGUCUCAGUGCCUGGACAGCGUUCGCGUACGAGUGGCACAGUUGUACGAAGCGCUGCAUGUGGAUCAGCACCAGCUACAAAUGGAAAACAGGUUGAUUGGACAGCUGGAGCAACUGCGGGAGGAACUGGCGCCCCUAGAAAAGAAGCGCGACGAGCUCCUUCGGCGGGCUCAGAAGCGGUCUACGACCCUCUCGUGGCUGGGACUGGCCCUCAUGGGAGCACAGUUCGGCGUGCUGGCCCGCCUCACGUGGUGGGAGUACUCCUGGGACAUCAUGGAGCCCGUGACCUACUUCAUCACCUACGGGACCACCAUCGCCAUGUACGCCUAUUUCGUGCUCACCAGACAAGAAUACGUCUUGCCUGAUGUCCUAGACCGCCAAACUUUGUUAGGAUUCCACAAGCACUCGCACAAGAUGGGAAUGGACAUCAAACGUUACAACGACCUCAGAGACAGCGUGGCGCGGAUAGAAGAAGAUCUUCGGAGGCUUAGAGACCCCUUGAAACUACAUUUGCCCAUCAAGGAGCCCCGUAGAUAG